AUGGCAACCACCAACAACGUUCAGGAAGACAAGCCACAACCUAUUGCCUUGGAGAGACAGGUCCUAACCCUUACAACGGCAGUAGAACGCCUCACUAGACAAAACCAGACCCUGGAGGAAAAGCUGCGACAGAAGAACGCAGUGAUGGGAAACCAAGAAGAAUAUCAAGAAGGUGCCAAUGCUGAUCGUAGGAACCAGAAGAGACCGGAGGGUAGUAACGCCCCAAGCAGACUAAAGCAACAGAACAUAAGCCUCCCAACCCUCAUGGAUAUGGCUCUGCCUAUUGUUGCGAAGAUGCAGGCAAUGAAAGAGCAGAUGGAAGUUAUGAUGAACACACUCAAGGGACGAGUAUCCAGCGAUCUUGACAACCUAGUCAACCGAACUGACUCACCGUUCACUGCCUCCGUCAACUGCUUCCUUCUACCGUAUAAAUUCUGCAUGCCACAUAUAGACAACUACGACGGAGUCAAGGAUCCUCUAGAUCACCUGGAGACCUUCAAGACCUUGAUGCACCUUCAAGGAGUUGCAGACGAAAUCAUAUGUAAGGCCUUCCCUACAACGCUGAAGGAUGCUGUGAGAAUUUGGUUCAGUCGGUUAACGCCUAACUCUAUCAGUACUUUCAAGGAGCUGAGCGCCCAGUUCAUUUCGCACUUCAUUGGAAGGCAUAAAUACAAGAAGUCAACUACAUGUCUGAUGAACAUUAAGUAUUGGGAGGACGAGACGCUGAGGUCCUAUAUAACCCGUUUCAACAAGGAGACCCUCUCAAUUAACGAGGCGGAUGACAAGAUACUCGUGGCAGCAUUCACUAAUGGUUACGAAAGGGUCUUGAUGCAGAUCAAAGACGAAGAAACCCUGACGUUCCCCGGCAAGUUAAAAGGAGAUCCCAGCAAGAGGCCAAGGGACAAGUACUACCGCUUCCAUCGAGACCACAGGCACGACACAACUAACUGCUACGAUCUAAAAUAA